GUCUGGUCAUGGCCGUUGUCUUCAUCUUUGUCGAUUACGAUGACGGCCUCGCCUUCCGCUCGCUGUCAACGAGCCAGGUCGCGGCGCUGGGCGUGCUCGCCGGCUCACGCGCUGCCGAGUUUGCCACCGGAGCUGUGCUUCGGACGCUGACCGCGCUGCGCUGUGGGAGGGCGGCAGCCAGCGUGGCGCCCGUCGAGCUUACCGCCGACGAGGAAGCCGAGCAGGCUGCUCCGCGCGAGCUGCGAUCGGCGCUCGGCCCGUUUGGUCGAGUCUGGGCCCACAACCCGGCAUGGGCCGCGCACCUCUCCGAGGUCCGCGACACUGGCGUGUACGACGGCGAGCUUGUAGGCUUCUCGCGCGAGGCCACAUUUGAGCUGCAUGCACUGUGCGCCCUAGCGCUGCUGCCGCUGGCGGCCGGCGGUAUGCUCGUCCGCGGCACGCCGCUGGCGGUUCUCGGCGACGUCGUGGCUGAUGCGGCGAGCUCCGGCCGCGCGUUUCGGAUUCUGUCGUCGCUCGUCUGGCUGGCCGCCAUCCAGGCUGUGCGGCCGGUGGCUAACGCCCACAUUGUCCUCCAUGAGCACUCGGUGACGUACGUGACGGGCUCGGUGGUUGCGCUUGCCGCUGGCGUCGGCGGCGCGGUGGUGGUCAUCCCCGGCGAGGCCGAGUCAGUCGGUGUACUUCAGUUUGUGGCCGUAGUUGUCAUCCUCGCCUGUUUCAGCCUCUCGUGGCGGGUCACUUCCACCCUCCAGAAGCGGGCAACCAAUGCUGCUCACGCCGAGACGCUCGUCCGCCUCCUUCCGCAACUGGCCGGCGCCAUCGACAUGGACGCAUACGUUGCGUCGGCGGCCGCCAGCCGGGGGGCCGGUGGCGGCGGCGGCCUCGAGCUUUCCUCGAACCAGCACUUGCUCGCGAUGGAGCAAUCAUCGCUGGCGUCUGGGCAUGGCAGAGGCAGCAGAGGUGCCGGCGCCGGCGACGACGGCGCCACCGGCCCGCUUGCUCUCAAGUCGCUCCUUGCCCGUGAUUACUCGCACAUCGGAGUUGAGGACGAGAGGCAGCUUGCGCGGCAGUCGUCGUUGCGGCCGACGCCGCUGGAGCGGCUCGACGCCCGGCGGAGCGAGUUUGCGGCUGCAGCAGCAGCUGAAGCCGAAGCCGAGGCCGCAGCAACUGCAGCAUCGGCAGCAGCGGCAGCGGCAGCAGACGAGGUCGAGGCGGCGAAUAGGCACCAAGCCGAGGUGGCGACUGAUGUAGAUGGCGUCGGUCCGGAGCGCGAUAUCGCCGGCGUCGUCGUUGAGGUGAUUUGA